AUGUCAAAGAGAUAUUUUAUCAAUAAUUUAGAUAGUCCAUUAGGCUAAGAGUUCUAUUCAUAAUUAGUAAAAGAAGAUACUGAAGAAGGUGUGCAUAUGGCAACAUAUACUAUUGAUGAUCCAAAUAAGAUGCCACCAAAAGGUUUUAAGAAAAUAUUGAAACGGUAUGAAAAUUACAUAUUUUAGUUACAAACCUAAGUUGUCUAGAAAAAAGAUGCUUGAAGAAUGCGAUGUUUAUGUGUAUGAUGUAGCUUCUGCAACUUAAACAGAUUUAGAUUUUGUAUGUGAUAUCUUUAGGAAUAGCAAAACAACAUUAGAAGAAUAGAAAGUAUAAUUCUAUACUAUUAAAAGGUUUUAAUUCUAGUUUCAUCUGUUUUAACAUGGAGUGCAAUGCCAGACAAAGUGAAACCAAAAGUAGAAAAAAAAGCAGAUGAAGAAUAAGAGGGUGAAUAAUAAGAGUAACAAGAACAAUAAUAAAAAAAGGAAGAAGCAGAAGCAGAAGAAAAUCAAGAACCAAAAGAAGAUGAAAAUUAAGAUUAGGAAUAAGAUUAAUAAUAGAUUUAAUAAUAAUAAAUAAAUGAAGUUCCAGAGAUUAUAGAAUAUGUACCUUGGGAGGAAAGUGAUUAUAAAUUGAGAAGUGCUUCUACUUAAUAUUAAUAAUUAAAGGAAUGGGAAGAUAUGGUAUUAGGUUUGUAAAAAGAAAACUUAAAAGUAAUCGUUGUAUGUUCUGGUUUAAUAUAUGGAAAAGGAGAAUUACUCUUUUAAAAAUAUUUUAAAGUAAAUUAUUCAAUUUAAUAAUAAGAAAGCUUGGUUAUAAUAACCAUAUAAAUUAAGUUAUUAAUCAGAUGGUAAUAAUAAAGUACCAACUGUUCAUAUAACUGAUCUAGUAAAAAUGAUUGUCAAGGUUUCUGAAUCUAUUCCAGAGUCAAAUUAUAUUUUUGCUGUUGAUAAUACUUAAGAUAGAACAUAAAAAGCUAUAAUUCAAGGUAUUGCAACUGGAGUUGGAAGUGGAUGGAUUGAAUAAAAUGAUGAUUUUUUUAAGGAUUUCACUCCAGAAGAAAUGGAUUGCUUUAGAUUACAUUUGGAUUGUAAAACAUCUUAAAUGUUCAUUGGAAAUGAAGAAACUCCAUCUGAUUUUGAAUGGCAUUGUGAAAAAGGAAUUGCAUUUAAUGCUAAGAAAAUAUUAUAAGAAUUUACAUCAAUACAUAAAUUAAGACCUAUUAAAAUAAUAAUGGAAUCUAAAGCUGAAAAUAUGAGAUUUUAAGAUAUUUUAACUAUGAUUAGUGAUCAUUAUAGAAUUCCAGUGAUUAAUUAAGAAUAAAUAUUUAAAGAUGCUUAAGAUCCAAAUUAUGUAUUUCCAUCAGAAAUAUAAGAAGAUUUUAAUGAAUAUUGGCCUGUUAUUCAAGAAUAUAUUAAUACUAAAGCUCCUGCAUAAUUGUCAGAAUAAUUAAAAAUUUAUUAUAAAGUAAUUAAAUGGAGAUUAAGUUAAAAUGAUUGUUAAAACAGAGGAUUUAUUUUAUAAAAUUUUCCAAAUUUCUUUGAAGAAGCUGAUUACAUUUUCUAUCCAAAUAAAUAGAAAUUAAAAAUGAAAAAAAAACCUAAAAAAAAACCAGUUGUUACAGAAGAAGAAAAGAAGUAACCUCAAGAACCUGCUGUUGAUGAAAAUGGAGAUCCUAUUGAAUAAGAAUAGGCAGAGGAAUAAUAAUAGGAAGAACAAUAAUAAGAGGAAUAAUAAGAAGAAGAAUAAUAAGAAGAAGAAUAACAAGAGGAAGAAUAAGAAGGUGGUCCAAAACCAGAGGAUUUUUUCCCUGAAUCUUAUAUAGUAAUUAAACCAUUAGGCAAAACUGAUAAUUUUGAUUAUAACAGGAAAUUGAUUAAUUUCUUUAGUGAAAGAAAUUUGGAUGCUUAUUUUAUUGAUCCAAGAAAGAAAACAAAUCAUGAUACUUUUGAAGAUUUAAGAAUUUAUAUUGAAAGAGUAAUUAUUAAUUUUAUCAUAUUAGAAUGGAAGACCUUAUAAUUAUUUAUAAAAUGAAAAAGAAUUAAUAGUUUUAUAUUUUAAUUUAUAGAAAAUUAAAGAUUUAACAAUAAAGUAUACUAGAAAAUAAUCUAUUUAAAUUUGGAAAGAAAUAACAAAAGUGAAAAAAGAUAAAAGAUAAGAUUUGGUUACAAAGUAUACAAAAUACAUAUAGGAAUAAGAAUAAGAAUUAUAAUAAGUCAAACAAUUUCCUUUUAGAAAUUAUUUAAUGGAUUUUGUUGUGCCAGUUUUGAAUGAAGGAUUAGUAGAAGUGGCACAUAUUUUACCUGAUGAUCCAGUUGAAUUUUUAGUAUUUGAAAUUCUAUUAUAAAAUAGGCAGAAUAUUUAUAUAAAAGGAGUUUUAAUGUUGACAAUGAAUGA